AUGUCACCACAUCAAGUCCAAGACCCCCCGACCGAGCAACGGCGGGCUAGCUGGAAGGAGGCCUCCGUAUACCAGAUAUGGCCUGCCUCCUUUAAGGACUCGACGGGGUCGGGCACAGGAGAUUUGAAGGGUGUCAUUUCCAAGGUCGAUUAUCUCAAGACGCUGGGCAUCGAUGUCGUCUGGUUGUCACCCAUCUUCGAGAGCCCUCAAGUUGAUAUGGGAUACGACAUCAGUAAUUACCGUGUGAUUGAUCCACGGUAUGGUUCCAUUGAGGACGUAAUUGUGCUGAGGGACAGGCUCCACGAACGAGGCAUGAAGCUCGUCAUGGAUCUCGUCAUGAAUCAUACUAGUGACCAGCAUGAAUGGUUCAAACAGUCGCGGAGUUCUGUCAAGAACAAAUACCGUGACUGGUACAUCUGGAAGCCUGCCCGGUUUGAUGCUCAGGGCAACCGACAGCCCCCUAACAAUUGGCAGAGCCAUUUUCAAGGGAGUACGUGGGAAUGGGAUGAAUGCACCGGAGAAUACUAUCUCCACCUCUAUGGCAAGGAACAGCCGGACUUGAACUGGGAGAACCCUGCGGUUCGCAAAGAGGUGCAUGAGACGAUGCGGUUUUGGCUCGACCGUGGAAUUGACGGUUUUCGUUUCGAUGUCAUCAACUUCAUCAGCAAGGGCACGGAGUUUCCAGACUCAUCCAGCGAUUUCUUCCCGGGGUCUGAGUUUUAUGCCGCUGGGCCGCGACUCCACGAGUACCUGCAGGAGCUGGGACGAAUCCUCAAAGAGUAUGAUGCUUUCAGCGUGGGCGAGAUGCCAUGCGUCCAUGAUACGAAGGAGAUCAUCAAGAGCGUUCAGGAAAACCGAGGCGAGUUCAACAUGAUUUUCCAUUUUGAGCUCAUGGACAUUGAUCACGGAGCAGACGGCAAGUUCUUCCCCGGCCAGUGGUCUCUGUUGGAUCUCAAGAGAACGGUCAACAAGUGGCAACAAUUCAUGUACCAGAACAAUGGCUGGAAUGCCCUGUACAUGGAAAACCACGAUCAGCCGCGGGCCGUGAGCCGCUUCGCCAAUGACAGCCCCAAACAUCGCGUUCAGAGCGCCAAGAUGAUUGCAGUCUUCCUCGGACUACAGGCUGGCACUCCUUUCGUCUACCAGGGCCAGGAGCUAGGCAUGCACAACGUGCCAAAAGACUGGCCUAUGGAGGAAUACCAGGACAUAGACUGCUUGAAUCAUUGGAGACUCAAAGGUCAAGACGCCGACUAUGAAACGCGGGAAAUGUUCCGGCGGGAAUAUCAGAAAAAGUCUCGCGACAAUGCGCGCACCCCCGUGCAAUGGGAUUCAAGCAAGCACGCUGGGUUUACCUCCGCUGAGAAGCCCUGGAUGGCGGUCAACCCCAACUACACCAUCAUCAACGCCGCUGCCCAGCUUGAAGACCCCAACUCGGUCUUCAAUUGCUGGCGAUCGGUCCUAGAGGCAAGGAAGAGGUAUAAGGACAUUGUCGUGUACGGGCGCUUUGAUCUCGUAGACGAGAAUAACGACAAGAUCUUUGCGUACUCACGGACGGCGCCUCAAGGUCGGGUCCUAGUGGUGUGCAACUUUUCAACUGAGAAGGUUGAAUGGGUUGGUGUUCCAGCUACCGUUCAAGAGGUGAUUCUGACAACGACUGGUCGAUCUCGAGAGGGUCUUCAGGGGCCCGAGGUACAGUUGGAGCCCUUUGAGGCCAUUGCCCUGUUGGUAACGGAAUAG